UUCCUCCCUCCCUCCCUCAUUCAGGGGUGGGACUGAAGAAGAAGGCUAACUUGACAGCAGCGCUUCUUUCUUAGCUAGUCACCGGCCCUUGCUCAAGAAUGCCAGUGUGUAUGUAGCCUCCUCAAAGAGGUCGUUUUCUCCGAGGCCAGAGGGGCCGCCUGAGCUUCUAAGAACUAGGGAGGAGCCAUCCCAGCCAUGAGCCCCUGUGGGAAUCUGCUGGGGGGCAAGUGGCCUGGAGUCCUCAGGCUCCUCCAGCUGCUCCGGAGGGAGAGGUGAACUCAGGGCAGCCUGCCUGCAGCCAGAGGUGUUGGGAGCCCUGGGCCUGUCAUGGUGGCCAUCUACAGCCGGCCCGAGGCACUCAUAGACGGAUUUGCAGCUGAGCCUGUUUAUCUGGUGUGGGAAGAAGAUGGGGAGUUACUUGUCAGUCCCGGCUUACUUCACCUCCAGAGACCCAUUUCGGUGUUCAGAAUGCCAGGAUUCCCUCACCAACUGGUACUACGAGAAAGAUGGGAAGCUCUACUGCCCCAAGGACUACUGGGGGAAGUUUGGGGAGUUCUGUCAUGGGUGCUCCCUGCUGAUGACAGGGCCUUUUAUGGUGGCUGGGGAGUUCAAGUACCACCCAGAGUGCUUUGCCUGUAUGAGCUGCAAGGUGAUCAUCGAGGAUGGGGAUGCAUAUGCACUGGUGCAGCACGCCACCCUCUACUGUGGGAAGUGCCACAAUGAGGUGGUGCUGGCACCCAUGUUUGAGAGACUCUCCACAGAGUCUGUUCAGGACCAGCUGCCCUACUCUGUCACGCUCAUCUCCAUGCCAGCCACCACUGAAGGCAGGCGGGGCUUCUCUGUGUCCGUGGAGAGUGCCUGCUCCAACUACGCCACCACUGUGCAAGUGAAAGAGGUCAACCGGAUGCACAUCAGUCCCAACAAUCGCAAUGCCAUCCACCCUGGGGACCGCAUCCUGGAGAUCAAUGGGACCCCGGUCCGCACACUUCGAGUGGAGGAGGUGGAGGAUGCAAUUAGCCAGACGAGCCAGACACUUCAGCUGUUGAUUGAACAUGACCCCGUCUCCCAACGCCUGGACCAGCUGCGGCUGGAGGCCCGGCUCGCUCCUCACAUGCAGAAUGCCGGACACCCCCACACCCUCAGCACCCUGGACACCAAGGAGAAUCUGGAGGGGACACUGAGGAGACGUUCCCUGAGGCGCAGUAACAGCAUCUCCAGGUCCCCUGGCCCCAGCUCCCCAAAGGAGCCCCUGCUGUUCAGCCGUGACAUCAGCCGCUCAGAAUCCCUUCGUUGUUCCAGCAGCUAUUCACAGCAGAUCUUCCGGCCCUGUGACCUAAUCCACGGGGAGGUCCUGGGGAAGGGCUUCUUUGGGCAGGCUAUCAAGGUGACACACAAAGCCACGGGCAAAGUGAUGGUCAUGAAAGAGUUAAUUCGAUGUGAUGAGGAGACCCAGAAAACUUUUCUGACUGAGGUGAAAGUGAUGCGCAGCCUGGACCACCCCAAUGUGCUCAAGUUCAUUGGUGUGCUGUACAAGGAUAAGAAGCUGAACCUGCUGACAGAGUACAUUGAGGGGGGCACACUGAAGGACUUCCUGCGCAAUAUGGAUCCGUUCCCCUGGCAGCAGAAGGUCAGGUUUGCCAAAGGAAUUGCCUCCGGAAUGGCCUAUUUGCACUCAAUGUGUAUCAUCCACCGGGAUCUGAACUCUCACAACUGCCUCAUCAAGUUGGACAAGACUGUGGUGGUGGCAGACUUUGGGCUGUCACGGCUCAUAGUGGAAGAGAGGAAAAGGCCCCCCAUGGAGAAGGCCACCACCAAGAAACGCACCUUGCGCAAGAAUGACCGCAAGAAGCGCUACACGGUGGUGGGAAACCCCUACUGGAUGGCCCCUGAGAUGCUGAAUGGAAAGAGCUAUGAUGAGACGGUGGAUAUCUUCUCCUUUGGGAUCGUUCUCUGUGAGAUCAUUGGGCAGGUGUAUGCAGAUCCUGACUGCCUUCCCCGAACACUGGACUUUGGCCUCAACGUGAAGCUUUUCUGGGAGAAGUUUGUUCCCACAGAUUGUCCCCCAGCCUUCUUCCCCCUGGCCGCCAUCUGCUGCAGACUGGAGCCUGAGAGCAGACCAGCAUUCUCAAAACUGGAGGACUCCUUUGAGGCCCUCUCCCUAUACCUGGGGGAGCUGGGCAUCCCACUGCCUGCAGAGCUGGAGGAGUUGGACCACACUGUGAGCAUGCAGUACGGCCUGACCCGGGACUCACCUCCCUAGCCCUGGCCCAGCCCCCUGCAGGGGGGUGUUCUACAGCCAGCAUUGCCCCUCUGCGCCCCAUCCCUGCUGUGAGCAGGGCCGUCCGGGUUUCCUGUGGAUUGGCGGCCUGUUUAGAAGCAGAACAAGCCAUUCCUACUACCUCCCCAGGAGGCAAGUGAGCGCAGCACCAGGGAAAUGUAUCUCCACAGGUUCUGGGGCCUAGUUACUGUCUGUAAAUCCAAUACUUGCCUGAAAGCUGUGAAGAAGAAAAAAAAAAGCCUGGCCUUUGGGCCAGGAGGAAUCUGUUACUCAGAUCCACCCAGGAACUCCCUGGCAGUGGAUUGUGGGAGGCUGUCGCUUACACUAAUCAGCAUGACCUGGACCUGCUGGGCAGGAUCCCAGGGUGAACCUGCCUGUGAACUCUGAAGUCACUAGUCCAGCUGGGUGCAGGAGGACUUCAAGCGUGUGGACGAAAGAAAGACUGGUGGCCAGAAGGCACUCAAAGGGUGUGAAAAAGACAGUGAUGCUCCCCCUUUCCACUCCAGAUCCUGCCCUUCCUGGAGCAAGGUUGAGGGAGUAGGUUUUGAAGAGUCCCUUAAUAUGUGGUAGAACAGGCCAGGAGUUAGAGAAAGGGCUGACUUCUGUUUACCUGCUCACUGGCUCUAACCAGCCCAGGGCCCACAUCAAUGUGAGGGGAAGCCUCCACCUCAUGUUUUCAACUUACUACUGGAAACUGGCUGAGAACUUAACAGGCAACAUCCUUUCUGUCUGCAACAGUCACAAGCACAGGAAGAGGCUAGGGGACUAGAAAGAGGCCCUGCCCUCUAGAAAGCUCAGAUCUUGGCUUCUGUUACUCAUACUCUGGUGGGCUCCUUAGUCAGAUGCCUAAGACAUUUUGCCUAAAGCUAGAUGGGUUCUGGAGGAUAGUGGCUUGUCACAGGCCUAGAGUCUGAGGGAGGGGAGUGGGAGUCUCAGCAAUCUCUUGGUCUUGGCCUCAUGGCAACCAUUGCUCACCCUUCAGCAUGCCUGGUUUAGGCAGCAGCUUGGGCUGGGAAGAGGUGGUGGCAGAGUCCCAAAGCUGAGAUGCUGAGAGAGACAGCUCCCUGAGCUGGGCCAUCUGACUUCUACCUCCCAUGUUUGCUCUCCCAGCUCAUGAGCUCCUGGGCAGCAUCCUCCUGAGCCACAUCUGCAGGUACUAGAAAACCUCCAUCUUGGCUCCCAGAGCUCUAGGAACUCUUCAUCACAACUAGAUUUGCCUCUUCUAAGUGUCUGUGAGCUUGCACCAUAUUUAAUAAAUUGGGAAAGGGUUUGGUGUAUUAAUGCAAUGUGUGGUGGUUGUAUUGGAGCAGGGGGAAUUGAUAAAGGAGUGGUUGCUGUUAAUAUUAUCUUCUUGUUAUAUCUAUUGGGUGGUAUGUGAAAUAUUGUACAUAGACCUGAUGAGUUGUGGGACCAGAUGUCAUCUCUGGUCAGAGUUUACUUGAUAUAUAGACUGUACUUCUGUGUGAAGUUUGCAAGCUUGCUGUAGGGCUGAGCCCUGAACUCCCAGCAGCAGCACAGUUCAGCAUUGUGUGGCUGGUUGUUUCCCGGCUGUCCCCAGCAAGUGUAGGAGUGGUGGGCCUGAACGGGGCCAUUGAUCAAACUAAAUAAAUUAAGCAGUUAA